GUAAGUUGAAUGAGUCGGAGGUGGUGAUGUUGUACAGUGGCAGCACAGUCCACCCCAUCCCAAACAUCAUCCAAUCAUACGCAGACGCAUUCGACACUGCCCACGUCACAUUCCAACAGUCGCCCAUAAACACCCAAAAGUUUAAAAAAAUGUUCCAAAUUCUGCCUUCACUCAAUUCAGCCAUCCAUGCUUUGAUGAAGUUCCAAAAAUGGGGAAAGUUUGCAGUAAUUUACGAUCAACAAGAUGCUCUGGAGACGUUGACGUCGUUUGUAAACUGGGACGACGCUAGAAAAGACUGUGGGGUUGGGGGCUACCAUGAGAAGUGUGUUCUGAAGCCCACUCUGAAAUACGUGAACAGCAUUUUCGCCAUGAACAACUCCCUCGCCAACAUCAAACAGAGAGGAGAUUGCAAGAACUUCAUUCUGUUCUUGUCUAGUUCAAAUACAAGGAUUUUCUUUCAAUAUGCGCAGCACUGGCAGAUGCUCAUGCAAGACUACAGCUACAUCAUUGCCGACUUGCGUAUGCCGUGUGGUAAAGUUCAAUUUGACAUCAGUGGUAGGAUCAACAUCAUCUGUUUCCAACUCAUACAACAGACACAGUCAAACUUCGAGGCAUUCGAGCAAAGGUGGAGACAGAAGAACAUAUUCCCCCUCGACCUUACAAAUCAGCUGGAGACAGCACUUGCGUACGAUGCCUUUUCUCUGAUGAGGAAGAUACUGAGCAGUUUCUACGUGGACGAGACAGACAGGUACAAGUUCCACUCCAUGGCCCCCACUGUGAACAGUAAUGACAAGAACAGGGGGCAGUGUCUGGGAGUGGACAUCCCUCCGAAUCCAUUUAGACCACAGAUCAGAGACAUGUUCUACAAGGUUAAAAUACCCGGAGUAACUGGGAAUAUAGAGUUCGACAGGGAAGGAAAUCGAAAGAGCUUCCAGGUGCAGCUCCUCGACGUUGGGUUCCGCGAGGUGCACAAUAGGCUGGGCAACUGGAGUGAGGCCAGUGGACAACUGAUGAUGGAACCGGAAUAUUCUAGAACAACUGAUGACGCAAGUGGGCCUGAGAGCGAUAGUAGUGAAGCUAAUGAAAGAGCGGACAUUAAGAAAAGACCGAUGCGAAUCACAGCAGUUCUGAGUAAGCCAUUCACGAUGUUGAAAGAGGAGUUCGCUUACUUCGAAAAUCAAACUUGGAAAGUGCGGACAGAACACCUGGAGGGGUUCCUGAUUGACGUGAUAGCACUGACCUGUUCCAAACUGAAUCUGAGUUAUGAGAUCAGACUGGUGAAGGAUGGCAGGUAUGGGGCCAAGAAUGCAGACGGCACCUGGAAUGGCAUGAUAGGAGAGCUGCUCAGAGGGGAAGCAGACGUCGCCUUAGCUCCCCUGACCAUAACGUCCAUGAGACUGAAAGUAGUGGACUUCACCAAGCCAUACAUGACACUGGGCAUCUCCAUAAUGAUGCAAAAGCCACAGAGCAGAAACGACGACCUCUUCUCCUUUUUGCAGCCACUGCACACUGAGAUUUGGCUGUGUUGUAUUCUGGCCUAUUUCAGCGUCAGUGUCGUUCUUUUUUUGGUGUCCAGACUUUCAGCUUGCCAUGGAAACGAACUGGAACUCCACCCGGUAACGCAUGACGACAAUCGUGUGGCUUCUUCCGAGAUCUACCCCUCCCCAUCCUCUCUUUCCUCUUCCUGUGCCUCCUCUCAGGAACCCUACGGAAUCUUCAACUGUCUCUGGUUCAGUCUCGGUUCAUUCAUGCAGCAAGGCGGAGACAUUUGUCCAAGAAACUUGUUCAGGUCUUUUUCUGCUCGAUUGGUGGCGUGUUCGUGGUGGUUCUUCACCCUCACCAUCAUCAGCAGCUACACUGCCAACCUGGCCGCCUUCCUCACAGUGGACAGGAUGAAGAGUCCCAUCACGGGCGCGGAGGACCUGGCCUCCCAGACCAAGAUAGAGUACGGCACUCUGGACCAGAGCUCAUCUCAACUAUUUUUCCAGAGAUCUUCAAUCGGAACUUACCAGCGAAUGUAUCUCUUCAUGCAAGAAAGAAAUCACUUCACGAAAUCCACGGCAGAGGGCGUGCAGAUGGUGCAGGAGAAUCCCAACUUCGCUUUUCUGAUGGAGAGUGUGAUGAUGGAGUACUACAACCACCUGCAGCCCUGCUCGACGUUCAAAGUGGGACCCAACCUCAAUGUCAUCAACUAUGGACUGGCCACACCUAGAACGUCGCCAUACUUGAGCAUCCUGACAAUUGCCAUUUUGGAGCUGCAAGAGAAGAAUGAGAUCUACAUGUUGAAGGCAAAGUGGUGGUACAGAAACAGUCCCUGCUCGACCAUCACUGGAGCACAGCCGGCUACUUCGGCUUCAGAAGCAGCUGCCUUGAGACUGAACAGGGUGGGGGGCAUCUUCUACCUGUUAGUGGGGACCCUCAUUGUCGGCAUAUUGGUCGCAUUGGUCGAAAUUCUUUACGUGUCCCUAUGUCAAGCUUACUAUUUUAAGGCACCAUUUAUCACAAUGAUUAAAGCGAAUGUCAGACUGGCUGUCAUGUCAAAGUUCAAUUUCCCCGGUAUGAAACCGACACCUCUCCUUCACCUGCAGCCCCCUUCGCAAAUCCCCCUCAACCAAGAGAAACCCUACCCUUACAGUCUGAGUGUGAACAGAAGGGCGAUUGAGAACGACUUCAACUCUGGAGGGGAUAGUUUUGACCUCACAGAAGGUAGCAAAGGGUCGGAUACUUCUACUUUCAAAAGGAGGAUCAAAGGUGUUUCACUGAGUGGGAAGGGCGAUGGAGCGGGUAAAAGUCACACCGAUGUAUAGAUAUAAACUGUAAUACUCAGUAGUCGAACUGAAAUUUGUUAUUUAUAUUUAACCCUAUAAUUGAACAACUUACACAGAUUUUUAGCAAUAUUGAAAUCGGUUUUACUUUUUCUUAAAUUCUUGUACCAUAAUAUCAUUAUCAUUUUGGCUUAAAGAAAUUUCAUUCAUCACUCGAUAGUGUUUACUGAUUUCUUCGAAUUCAAGAUGAUUGGAAAAACUUCUC